CGCCGGCUGCUGCCUGGAUCGCUCGCUCGCUCGCUUACUUACUUGGGGUCCGGGAGGAAGCAAAGCCCGGAGUCCGGACCCCGGAGGGGUGAGAGGAAGAGGAGAGGUAACAACAGGAGACUUUGGAGUUCUUCAUACAGGCCCAGCUGCCCCACUUGGCUUUUCUGCUUAAGAUCUCAAGAUGGCAGCCAACGGCGUGGCGGGAUCUGGUUUAGAAAACCUUGAGCAGCGCGUCCAUCAGAUCAACCAUGAGUCUUUGGAGAGCACCCUGCGGAUGCUGCAGUAUAUCGAGAAGAGCAAAGAUGCUGGAAUUCAGACUUUGGUCAUGCUGGACGAUCAGGGAGAGCAGCUGGACCGGAUUGAGGAUGGUUUGGACCAGAUCAUCCAAGACAUGAAGGAGGCGGAGAAGAACCUCACGGACAUGGGCCAGUGCUGUGGCCUUUUUGCCUGUCCUUGCGCCAAGUUAAAGAGCUCAAAAGCCCUCGAGGCCAGUAAGGCGGCAGCCGGCAGCACCGAGGAAAACGUGGUCUCUCGGCAGCCCUGCAUGGUGGCUGACGGGAACCAAAUGGUGAUGAGUGGCCCAUUCAUUCCACGGAAAACAAAUGAUGUGGAGGAAGAGAUUGAGCAGAAUCUGAUCCAGGUGGAGAGUAUGCUGAGCAACCUGCGCAGUAUGGCCAUGGACGUGAGCAAUGAAAUUGACAUCCAGAACAAGCAGGUGGAGAACAUUCGGGAGAAGGCCAUCGCUAAUGUGGUUAGCAUCAACGAAGCCAACAACCAGACCACCAAGAUGCUGAAGAAGGCCUGAAUCACCCUCUGGCUCCUCUUGCCCCCCCCUCCAAACACCCCACCACCACCCAGCUUCUUCCAGCCGAUCUCCAGCAUGGAUUGAGUCCAACAGAGCCCAUUUCCAUCAUGUUCUGCCUUUGGAAACCCAUCCAUUUCCAGAAGAAGCCCGUUUGCUUGCCGGUGGGUAAAAUAGCAACGGAGGUGCAUUGAGCUGCAGCCCAAAACAGAUUAGCCCUGUUGAAGGCCUCUAUCCCUCAAUCCUGUGUGCAGGCCAGGAUUCCGACACCCCCCCCACCCCCCCACCCCGUGCAAGAGGGUGUUGCCAGCUUGGUUUCUCCAGGCCUUCCUUCCUCCAUCUGGAAGGACACACACACACACACAUAGACACACAAACACCCCUUGAUGCUUUGCAGCCCCCAGUUCCCAAAGACACCUCAGCCUGCAUGAAUGGCUGGCCAGCCAGGCUGACUAGAGGGACCCAGGCUCAUUCCUCCCUGGAGAAGACUCAGUGAGGCCAAUGGGGCUUUGAUCCAUUAUCAUGACUCCAUGAAAUCGCCUCAUUGAUUUCCCUGGCUCCAUUUCUCAAACUGACUGAGUCUGGAUCCAGACCAUAAAUUCUUAGGCAGGUCUGUUCUGCUAUGAGUUUCUGCCACUCUGUCUUAGGGCUGCCCCCCUCCCCCAGUUGGCCUUGUGGGUCAAAAAAGCCUCCAAAGGGGAGGCAGAAAUUGUGAUUCUGUUUAAUAAAUGGGAAGCCUCCCGCCUCCCCUCCCUCUUGUCCUCCUCCCGACAGCUGCCACACCCUCUAGUGGGACUGAGGCCCAGAGCCUCGCUUUCUUCCAGGAUCCGUCCCUCUCUCCCUGGCAUCUUCUGUUAAAAGCAUCAGGGGGCUGGCCAUGGCAGCAUUAGGGAUGCUGAAUGGGGGCUGGGGGGGAAGAGAACCUUCCCUGGCACAGAUCCUGGGGAGACGGGGUGGGGUGGGGUGCUGGCCAGAGCAGGGGGUGAUGAUGAAAAGGCAGCCCGCCUGGCUGGCUUCAAGGCAAGUUGCCACCGUUUAGCUUUUGACCUGUCUGUUUUCACUCGUUGUGAUUCUAAAUGUUUAUGGUGACCAAAUGGGGUGUCUGUUUUCUUCAAAAAAAGAUACACUUUUUAAAGUACAUGUGAAUCUUUUUGUUUGUUUGUUUAGAAUGGUAAAUGGUUCCUGUUCCUGUAUGCUCCUGCUAGUUUGUGGUUGCUAAACAGUUCUAGGUUUAGCAGUUCUCCAGCCGCCGCCCCCCCCCCCAGGCUUGCACCCCUGGUUCUCUCUGCUGAGUCCUUAAAAGGGGGGAGCAGUAGAGAUAGCUCAGCUGCAGGGCUGCCAAGGGAGCUGCUUCCUGGUCACCUGU